CGGGCUCGCUCCUCCCCGGAAAGGGCCGUCGUUGCCGGCAGGCCGGAGCCGCGUGUAUCCCCCUCCUCUUCCAAAAUGGUGCGGAAGCUGAAGUACCACGAGCAAAAGCUGCUGCGGCGGCUGGAGCUGGUGAGCUGGGAGGCGGCGGCGGGGAACCUGGCCGAGGUGAAGGCGCUGCGGCGUUACCGGCUGGGUCGGCGGGAGGACUACGUGCAGUACAAGGCGCUGGCCCGCACCGUCCGCGCCUUAGCCCGCCGCCUCCGCGACCUGGGCCCGGCCAGCGCCGCCUUCCGCGCCCGCUGCGCCGCCGCGCUGCUGGAGAAGCUGUACGGGCUGGGGCUGGUGAGCUGCCGGCGGUCGCUGGCCGUCUGCGAGAGCCUCUCGGCCGCCGCCUUCUGCCGGCGCCGCCUGCCCUGCCUGCUGUUGAAGCUGCGGAUGGCGCAGAACAUGCGCCACGCCGUCACCUUCGUGGAACAGGGACACGUCCGCGUGGGGCCCGAGGUGGUGACCGACCCCGCUCUCCUCAUCCCCCGCGCCAUGGAGGACUUCAUCACCUGGGUGGACGCCUCUCGCCUCCGACAGAAAGUGCUCGACUACAACCAGGAGCGCGACGACUUCGACCUGGCCGCCUAGGGACGCGCGGCCUGCCCGGCCUCCGCCGCCCGCUCCCGCUCGGCCCUCGGGACACGCGUGGCAAUAAACGCGCACCGGCAGAACCACAGCGCUGCCGCCGUCUGAUACUUACCCCCACAAACACACCUGGAAGGGGAGCAAGGAGGAAACGUACUCACUUCUAGUAACGUAUUGCUCUGCUCCUGGCUGCCCUCCGCAGCCAACGGCUCCGUGCAUCUCCCCACGGAGAAACGUCCCUUCCACAUCCAUCGCUCUGAGGAAGCACCCGAUAGCCCACCUCCAUCGUACUCACAUCCCAUAGAGCCAGAGUGCUUUGAAAGGUCUCCGCCUGAUCGCAGGGAGAGGACGCAGUCGGGUUUAAGUGCUUGGCUGCUAACAACAGCUGCAGGAAGGGGUUUUAAACCAGGCCGAGCCUGUUUUAGGACUGUUUGGGAGCUUCACUGCUGCUUUUCUAAGAGAUUGCGCUGCCCGUUCCUCCUUCAGCUGAUGGCCACGCAGUAACCGGAGGAGCUGCUUCUGGAAGGGGUUUCUCUUGACACUGAAGAACAUGUAUGUGGCGGAAACGUGGAGGUUGUUUGGGCUCAGCAGUAAACAAGGAGGCCAAGUACUGCAUUUCUGGAACUGUAAAAGUUUUGUCCAAAAACGGAAUUUAAAAAAAGCCAACUUUAUUUUCAUGCGAAGUCGUAAAGGGAAGUUUGAUACGCUGAGUUUGGUAUCUUUGCCGUGUGGGGCUCCGGCUGACAAUUAGGCAUAAUUUUCAGAGCAGGAUCCAAGUGGGGAGGUGUUGGAGCGAAAGCUGUCCUAACCAUAAGUGCAAAUCUGGGGAGAACUUUUGCAUUUAGCACAUAAGCCGAAAUAAAAUCAGUACCUGAGGGGAGCCUCAGGCCUUCUGAAGCUGUGGGGAGCUUUAUUCCUCUUUGGAAUAAAGAGCAGAAAAGCAAAAAUAAAACAGUUGCUUUAA